ACCAAAUAAUUUUAUUUAUUUUUUUAAAUACAUUUUUAGGAAUUUCAGUUUUCACAACCGGAGCGUCUCGUCAUGUGGUGUAGCCUAAAAUGACGUCACAACAGUCGAUAAAAUGCUAAAACGCGAUUGAAAUUGAUCAGGUUGAACUGACUGCUUCACAUAGGCUCAAUAGCCCCGUCCCGAAAGGCUUGGGAUCUGAUGCAGCACAGCGCGUUUACAGCUUGACAAGCGAUUGAGGACGACGCUGUGCCAGACGAGAUCCUCUGUGCUAUACUCCGCUGUGUCGCGUGUGUUGAGGCAAUAGGUGGCAUAAGCGGAGCAAUAAUCGAAUAGUUCGAGUGUGUGUUAGGCUAGCCGACAAAGCUUCACACCAUGGACAGCUUCAACAAUGCGUCAGACUAUUUGUAUUCGACUAUUAAUGCUUUUGUGGCUAAUAGCACUGUUUUCUGUCGAAACUUCAGCAACGACGUGUCUCUUUUCGGAGCGAACGGGUCCGAAUGGGACAGGCCACAAGCUUUGGAUUCGACUCCUGUCAUCAUCGCUAUUAUCAUCACUGCGCUUUAUUCUGUCGUCUGUGUCGUGGGGCUGAUUGGCAAUGUGCUCGUCAUGUACGUUAUUAUCAGGUAUACCAAAAUGAAGACAGCCACCAACAUCUAUAUCUUCAAUCUGGCCUUGGCUGAUGCCCUGGCCACCAGCACACUGCCAUUCCAGAGUGUCAACUACCUUAUGGGUACCUGGCCCUUUGGGGAUGUGCUCUGCAAGAUGGUGAUGUCCAUCGACUACUAUAAUAUGUUCACCAGCAUAUUCACACUCACCACUAUGAGCGUGGACCGCUAUAUUGCUGUCUGCCACCCUAUUAAGGCCCUGGACUUCCGCACACCCCGCAACGCCAAAAUCAUCAACGUCUGCAACUGGAUCCUGUCUUCAGCUAUUAGCCUCCCUGUUAUGAUCAUGGCCACCACUGCCAUCGACUAUAACGCCUCAGGCAGCAUUGACUGCACACUGAUCUUCCCACACCCCUCCUGGUACUGGGAGAACCUGCUGAAGAUCUGCGUCUUCAUCUUUGCCUUCAUCAUGCCCGUCCUCAUCAUCACUGUGUGCUACGGCCUGAUGAUCCUGCGGCUCAAGAGCGUACGCAUGCUGUCCGGCUCCAAGGAGAAGGACCGCAACCUGCGCCGCAUCACCCGCAUGGUGCUGGUGGUGGUGGCCGUCUUCAUCGUCUGCUGGACGCCCAUCCACAUCUACGUAAUCAUCAAGGCACUGGUCAACGUCCCCGGCUCCCUGCUGCAGUCGGUUACCUGGCACUUCUGCAUCGCCCUGGGCUACACCAACAGCUGCCUCAACCCUGUGCUCUACGCUUUCCUGGACGAAAACUUCAAGCGCUGUUUCAGGGAGUUCUGCUUCCCCACUGCCUCGGGCCUGGUGCUGCAGAGCUCCACCCGCACCCGCAACCUGCACCGGGAUGGCAACUCCAGUGGCCUCACCCUGGAGCGGAGCAACCACCAGGUAUGACUAGCCCGGGAGAUGUCCUCCCUGGACUCCCGCUGCCAGCCAUCCAAUGACACAAACUCUGAGGUCACCCAGGUCACCACCAGGCUCUGACAUUUUGGUGGACCCGGCUGUGGUGUAAUGACAGGGUCGAUAAAUGAUUCUGCACAAAGACUGGUCUGCUCCUGCUGAUGUGAUUAUUUGAGCAGCCCCUCUGAAGAUAUAACUGGAGCAUAGACAUAUCAGGGUUUUUCCUGGCUCAAAGUAGGGCUUAGGUGGUGACUUUGUGUGACAGUGACUACGGUUGAUCUGGCUUUACUGCCACCGUCAAUUUGACGUGCCAUCUCCCUAUAUUUAGCUACAAUUAGAAUGGAAAGUUCUGGUCUACAAGAGACCACCACAGUGCAUUGUAUACUGAAAAAACGGAAUACAUAACAAAAAUAUAAAUUGAAAGAAUUAAAAUAUUUAUUGGAGGGUUACAUAUUGUAAGUGCCAGAACUGGAAAAUACAGCCUGAAAGAUUUACAUAUUGUAAUCGUGGUCAUUCAACAAGAAUAGUGGUAUUUAGAAUUUUUGAAAUGUGUUUCAUUUUUUUCACUAAAAACGUAGGGUACAAUAUUAAAGCCUUUUCAGAAUUUUAUUUAUCAUUUCAAUCUGCACAGAUAGGCAAAAACUGUGUAGUUUAAUGCCAUAGAAUUCAUUUAAUUGCACAAUGGAUAAUCACAUAAUUCUAGUAUUUGUGUAGAAUUUCCAAAUCCUGAAUCAUUUCCCAUUCAUUCCAUUGAGAUUGCAUAUUUGCAUAAACCACUAGCGCAUAUUUCGGAUAUUUUUAUGUCCAAUUACAUCGCAUAAUGAUCAAUAAAUAUAUGUUAAAAGUCAGCAUAUGUGGCAUAAAUGAACCAAUAAUUUCCCUAUGAACACACAAAACCACAAAAAAUUUGAAAGCAGAUGCCUAAUUGGCAUGCACUGUCAUUAGCACUGUCUGUUUCACAAAGUUUUCUAGGUAUUCUGCAGCAGUUAAUUUAGUGUGUCUAAGGUUGCACGUAAAAAAAUUUAAAACUUGAAAUGCAGUAUCAGUCGUGACAAAAUUUUACCAAUAAGUUCAUGGACCAUUUCUAAUAGUUUUACAUUUUUUGUGUGCAAUUUCUCCUAUAGGCGGCUUAGGUGGCUUGAAAAAUCAUUUUAGUGGCCCGCCUAAAACAUUUCAAUGCAGGAGAAUCCCUGCAUGUGCCAUUUCAGAAUUUAAGCAAAGGCACAUCUAUGUUACUAAGCAACAGCAGUAACAUUUUAUGUAACAUAUUUUCAUAAAUGGAAUUGUUUUGAGUGCACAUUUGUAGAUUCUGCCAGGUGAUGACCUCGGGUUAGUUGACGCUUUUCAGUGAAAACAGUGUGAUACAGUUUCUCAAGUAUUGUCCUUGGGAUCCUGUGAUUUGAAAUUCCCACAAUGUUUCCUCAUACUAACCCUCAUUUCUCAAAUUCAGUCUUGACCACAGUUUAUAAUUCUUACAUUUUGGCCUUUACAUAUGUUUGCAAAUAUUUACAAAUGUUGCUGCAUAUGAUCGUCAGUGGCUUUAAAUAGUGUACAUGCGCUUCAAUAUUUUCUAAUGGUCUGUAUAUGUGUUUCUUGAUAUAUUGCUCGUGUACAGUCAAUGUGAAUUUUGCACUUGUUACUGUUUUUUUUACAAGGAUGAUUGGUAGAACAUUUUAGUUGUUAUAAAUGUACCAAUGAACAUUCUUAAAAAUACAGUGUGAGUUGUUUCAGACUGCACACUGGUGCCUUUAUUAUGAACAUUUUAAUUGAUAGAAAGUAGUAUUAAAAUGUAUAUACAGUAUUAUUGUGUUUAUUAUGAGUGCAAGAAACACCAGUGAAGAUUGCCUUUUCAUGACAAUACAUGUUUUUGUGAUAUUGAGCAUUCUUAAGACAGUGUGGUUCCACAUUGCAUAAUAGUUAAUAUACGAUCAAAACUGUUUUAUUUUUGUAUGUUUUUUUUGUUUUUUUUACAUCUGUGUGGUAUAUAUUAAGAAAGAAGUAACAUCUGCAUAGCACAUACAGAAAGUAUCAUUCUUUUUACAAAUGGGAAAUGUGUUAACCUUUGAUAUUAUUGUGAAAUUCAUGGAAUCGUCUAAAUAAAAUAACUGAUAUUAAAGCUUA